AUGACGACCACUUCUCAAAUUCUCUCUUUUGUUUUUCAUAUUCUUCUUCUCUUUUCACUUUCUUUGGAAACUUCAACUUCAGGAACAACAGAGGGAAGAGCUCUUCUCAAGUGGAAGAACACCUUACUCAAUACCAGUGUUCUUCAUUCAUGGUCCAUUGCUAAUCUUGAUAACAUUUGUUGGAACUGGACUGGCAUCACUUGCAACAAUGCGGGAGCGGUUUAUAAGAUAAAAUUGGACAAUUUCAGCCUUGCAGGUACACUCGAAAGCCUUGAUUUCAUUUCAUUUCCAACGCUCACCCUUUUUAGUCUCCAUAAUAACAGCUUCACUGGACCAAUUCCAUAUGCUAUAGCCAACCUUUCCCAGCUAAUCUUCUUAGACCUCAGUUUGAACCAUUUUGACAAUCUUAUACCAACAAAGAUUGAAUGGUUGACAAAGCUUCAGUUCUUGAACUUUGGAGGAAACAAUCUCAAUGGUAUUAUUCCCUCACAAAUAAGCUACCUUCAACACCUUACUUACCUUUGCUUAUCUUUCAAUCAUUUGACUGGUCCAAUUCCAGAAAGCAUAUUCUCCAAUUUGACCAAGCUUCAAGCUUUCAAUUGCGAGCAUAACCGGCUCCAUGGCCCAAUUCCAACAAGUUUAAUCAAGCUAUCCAAGCUUAAAAAACUUGACUUAAGUAGAAACCAUUUCUAUGGGCCAAUACCCCCAACAAUUGGAAAUCUAAGUUCACUAGUGUUUCUUGGUCUCAGCAUCAACAUGUUCCAAGGAACCAUUCCUGAAACGCUAUGCAAUCUUCAUUCCCUUGCCACUCUUUAUUUAUUUCACAAUAAUAAUUUUAGUGGUAUAAUUCCUCAAUGUCUGGGAAAUAUAACUUCAUUAAGACAUCUUUCUCUCGAUUCCAGGGUUUUUCAUGGGAAUGUUUCUAGAACAUUAUGCAAUCUUCACUCCCUUAAAGCCCUUUCUUUGAAUUAUAUGUUUUUGAGAGGUCCAAUUCCACAAUGCUUGGGGAAUUUAACCUCACUAAGAGAUCUUUCUCUUAGUUUUAACAUGGGGCAAGGGCAUAUACCUGAAACACUUUGCAAUCUUCACUCCCUUAAAGAUCUACAUUUGUCCUUCAAUAGUCCAGGGGGUAUGAUUCCACAAUGCUUGGGGAAUAUAACUUCACUAAGUGAUCUUUCCCUUACGUACAACAUGUUGCAAGGAAAUAUUCCUAGAACAAUUUGCAAUCUUCACUCCCUUGAGAAUCUAGAUUUGUCCUUCAAUAGUUUGGGAGGUCCGAUUCCACAAUGUCUGGGGAAUAUAACAUCACUAAGACAUCUUUCACUCUGGUCUAACGUGCUACAAGGAAAUAUUUCUUGGACACUAUGCCAUCUCCAACACUCUCUUGAAUCGCUAGAUUUAUCCGACAAUAGUUUGGGAGGUCCAAUUCCUCAAUGUUUGGGGAAUAUAACCUCAAUAAGAUAUCUUUCACUCCGGUCCAAUAUACUGCAAGGAAAUAUUCCUAGAACACUAUGCAAUCUCCAGAGUUCCCUUGAAUGGCUAGAUUUAUCAAACAAUAGUUUGGGAGGUCCAAUUCCAAAUUGUCUGGGGAAUCUAACCUCACUAAGAGAUCUUUCACUCUGGUCGAACAUGUUGCAAGGAAAUAUUCCUAGAACACUGUGCAAUCUCCAACACUCCCUUGAAUGGUUAGUUUUAUCCAACAACAGUUUGGAUGGUCAGAUUCCUCAUUGCCUGGGAAAAUUGAAAAUGUUGAAAACUAUACUAGUUUUUAAAAAUCAUCUCCAAGGCAUGAUAGCUCCCACUCCAACAAAUAGAAAUGACAGAAAUCAAACAAUAAGUUCUAGUUUGAUUUAUGGGAAAGAUGCAUGGUUGUGCAAUUUGAGCUCCCUACAACUUCUUGAUUUGUCGGAUAACAAUUUAAAUGGUUCACUACCUCUGUGUUUAGGGAGCUUCAGCAGGGAACUUAAGGUUAUAAAUUUAGCUAAAAAUCAUUUUUGGGGACCUAUUCCAGCAGGAGUAUGCACAGAGGGUAACAAAUUGGAGUAUUUCAAUUUGAAUGGCAAUCAAUUGGAAGGGCCAUCGCCCCGAGGCUUGACAAAUUGCAGAUAUCUUAAAUUUCUACUUCUUGGAAACAACAAGUUCCGUGAUACAUUUCCUUAUUGGUUAGAUACUCUUUCUGAUUUGCGUGUUCUUGUGCUGAGAUCUAAUCAAUUUUACGGUGAAAUAUGCACUUCUAAUACUACACAUCCAUUUCCAAAGCUGCAUAUAUUUGAUAUCUCAGACAAUGAGUUCACUGGUCAUUUGCCAAGAUAUUACAUAGAGAACUUUGAAGCCAUGCAGCGUGUGAAGAAUGACAGUGAAAUAUUGCAUUAUUACGAUGGUUCAAUAAGCCUUGUGUGGAAAGCGGUGGAGCAUGAAGUGGUGCAUUUUAAUAUUUGCACAGCACUUUAUUUAUCCAAUAACUACUUCCACGGAGAGAUUCCUAAAUCUAUAGGAAAUCUCCAUUUGAUCCGAUUUCUCAAUCUAUCGCACAAUCAGCUCACCGGUUCUAUUCCAUCAUCAUUGGGAAAUUUACGCAUUCUUGAGGUACUCGAUCUGUCAAAGAACCAAUUAGUGGGUGAGAUUCCUGAGCAGCUCUCAAAAUCCCUAACAUUUCUUGCUGUACUGAAUCUUUCUUAUAAUCAUCUUUCUGGUCGUAUACCUCAUGGUCCACAAUUCGAUACAUUUAGCAACGAAUCCUAUUUGGGAAAUGCGGCUUUAUGUGGAUUUCCCCUAACUUUACAAUGUGAAAGUAGAGGUGGAGGGCAAAUAGUGGAUGUUGAGGACUCAAAUGGAUUUGGGUGGCGAAGUGUUGUUGUUGGAUAUUGUUGUGGCUUACCCUUUGGUAUUGUCAUAGGAUAUCUCAUAUUCAAGUAUGGAAAACCUCGAUGGCUUGUGAGGUUAGUACUUGGGAACUGA